AUGAUGAAGCAGAGUAUCAUAUCGAAGAAAAAGAAGAACAAACAGUCCAUCCCAGAACAAGUUCCAAUCCAAAUCAUCCUUGAAAUCCUCUCCAGACUCCCCAUCAAAUCCCUCUUUCGUUGCCAACUCGUUUGCAAAGAAUGGUUUUCUUCAAUCUCAGACCCACGCUUCGCUAAACUCCACCUCUCAAGAUCACCCAUCAGCCUCUUGAUCAAACCCAUCUUUAGAGACCACCACGAAUCCAGAAAACUCCGCUUGUUCGACCUCCAAAUCCUCCACAAAACCCAUCUCCGUGAAGCCCAUCUUAAGCUCACUACUGAAAUCAACAUCCCAUAUACAGGUCAAGAAAUUACUAAUCAAUACAAGGUUAUACGGGUUUUUAUCGAACGGGUUGUCGAGUCAAUCAACCCCAUUACUGAGUUAAAGACUUAUCGUGAUGAUCCAAAGGCUAUGAUUUACACAAUUGGUGAUGGUUUGUGGAGAAACUUAGGUAGUGUUCCUUAUUAUUUGAGGAAUCUCUUGUUCAAUUCUUUUGUGAAUGGAGCUCUUCAUUGGCUUAAUUUUAUAUGUGAUAGUCCUGAUUUCAUUCGAUGUUUCAAUUUUGAUAGGGAGGAAUUUUGGCUUGUUCCUGAACCUCCUGAGUUCGGUCUUCGUAAGGAGUUUUCGGAUCAUAUACGCGUGGGUGUGCUACGAGGUAGUGAAGGAUAUCUCUAUCUUCAACCCAUAUUGGAAGAGAUUGUUGCGGAGAAACGUGAAGAUGGUGAUUUUGUGAAUCUCAUGUGUUGGGAUCCAUACCUUAAUCUGUCAUUGGAUUUGGAGGGGAUACAUCGUUUGCAGAAUCGGUGGAGUCAGUAG